UUCUCCACAGCCCAACGCCCAAAUUAAAAAACCCUACAAACGUUAGUUCAUCACUCGACAGUUGUCAGGUCAGCUCCCUCCAUUCUUCAAUCAAACCCUAGUAAGAUAAUAGUAAGAGAAAAUAGAAAUCUGAAAAAUGGGUAGAGGAGUAGUGAAAGGUGGAAACAAUAAGAAGAAAUUGGCAACAUUCGUUAUAGAUUGUGGGAAGCCAGUUGAAGAUAAAAUCAUGGAAAUUGCUUCUCUCGAGAAGUUUCUUCAAGAACGUAUUAAAGUCGGUGGCAAAGCCGGUAAUCUCGGUGAUUCUGUUUCUAUUUCUCGUGAGAAAAACAAAAUCUCCGUUACUGCCGACAGUAGUUUUUCGAAAAGGUAUCUUAAAUACCUUACAAAGAAGUACUUGAAGAAGCACAACGUCAGGGACUGGCUUCGUGUGAUCGCUUCCAACAAAGACCACAAUGUUUAUGAGCUACGCUACUUCAACAUUGCUGAAAACGAAGGUGAAGAGGAAGAUUGAACGGAAAUCUCAUUUAACGUACCUUUUUAUCAGCUUUUCCUUUAUCAAACCAAUUGAGAUUGUUUUGGGGUAGAGUUCUGAGUUUUACUACCAUUUUAAUUUUGUUUAUUUACUAGAGUUACCUGAAUCGAUCCUCAGAAUGUGAAAGCUUUCUUAGAUUUUGUUUUUAAGUAAUACUCGUACAUGAGUUGUUCGGCUGGAUCCAUAUCUUGUUUCAAGCUUUUUGGUAUCAUACUUCGUUAGGGGUUUUAUA